UCUCAAGCCUGCAACUAAGCAGCCCAUGCCUCAGUAGAGAUUAUUAUAGGGUGCUGCUAUUAGCUGCUAUUAGCAUUCCACUUAUAAAUCCACGUAAAUACAAUGUUUCGCUGUCAAAAUAAACAAGUUACCACAAAAUUUCAAAGUGCAAAACAAAAUGUUAGCAGCGGCGUAAAUCAGUCCACGAACAUGAAGCCAAGAACCACAACAACAAGAGCAACUGCAGCAAAAGUGGCCAAUGGAGAGAAGAAGCUGGCAACAGCAACCACCAGAACAACAACAACCACAACAACAACAACGAACAGCGCACACAAGCUUAGCCCAGCCUCCGUGCAGACUGCUCCAAGAAUUCAGGUUAAGCCUUGCCUGAACUCGACCAGCUCCAAGCUGGCAGGCAAAUCGGAUGGCAGCAAUGCAACAGCCGUGGGCAGUCGCAAGGCGAAGAUCUUCAGGCAUCAGGAUAACAUAUCGUCCAGAAUGCGGAUUAUUGCUGGCGCAUUGCCCCGAGCGGCGCAGUGGCACAAUAAUCGCAUUUAUCGGCCGUCGUCCUCGAAGAUCUUCGACUAUGAUCUGUCCAAGCAGGAGGCGCGUUUCUUUGGCCAGUUCCGUACGCCCAUGAAAUCUGUGCCCGCUGACGAACUGCAGCUGCUCAGGUCUGGCAAUCGCUCGUCCUACUUGGAGACGCGCUACGGCCAUACGCCGGAUGUCAAGUACAACUAUCCGGAGGCAACCAGCUGGCGAUAUGGCUGGUUCCAUCAAGUCAAUGUCACAGCCAAAUAGAAGAAGAGACUGAUUCCGCCCACUCUUGCUAAGCAAAAUAGAAUAGGGACUAGCGAUCACCCCCAGCUGGCAUUUCGUUUCCAUGGCACAGCCAGUCGAACUUAGAUGUACUUUUGAUUUUAUUUCCUCUCUUUUUAUUUUUUAUUCUCUUUUCGUGCAUUUUCUACUCUCCUUAUACAUACCAUACAUCAUAACAGCCCAAAUUGAUGCAAGUGUAGCGAAAUGAUUUGCCUAGCUCUUCGCAUGUGUUGGAAUGAGAUGAGAUGAAAUCUUUGGUAAAUGUCAGUGCAUCCCAUUAAAUUUACUAACACGAGUGUUUAACCUAUUGAAAA